AUGAAUGAACUCAUUCGAUUGGGGUCGCUGCCUCAAGGAUGUUUACCUAGUCUAGACACUACCUUUGACACAGCGUCAUCAUACUUUGAGAGCCUAGCCGAGCUACAUAUUAUGCAUCUUAGGAACCAAAGGAACGACGCCAUUGAUUCAGCCGAUGACUGUCGACGAAAGUUUGUGGCCAGAUGUCUCUUUCGAAAGCUCGCCCGAGAACGAAAACUCACAGACCGGUGGGCAUCUUUUGAGAAUGGCCCCUUCAAAUUGUGGUGCGACGAUUUCCGACCAGGUAAUGUCCUUCUCAACAAGGACUCAAAAAUUACUGGGGUCGUGGACUGGGAGUUCUCAUAUGCUGCCCCCGUUGAGUUCUCCUACGCGCCACCUUGGUGGCUUCUUAUUGAAAAGCCCGAAUACUGGCCUACGGAUGACGGUCUUGAAGAUUGGUGUAGGGAGUAUAAGUGUCGACUCCAGACAUUCCUAAAAGCUAUGAUCAAUCGCGAAGAUGAAGCGAUUAGGAAGGGUCAACUGAAAGAAAACCAGAGACUUUCUGGCCCGAUGCGAGAGAGCUGGGAGAGUGGAGAGUUCUGGAUUGCAUACGCCGCUAGGAAAAAUUUCGCCUUCGAUGCGAUAUACUGGCAAAAGAUCGAUAGUCGAUUUUUCGGGCCGACUAGGUGUUCUGAUACUGCUGACGCAUGGAAAGAAAGACCUGAGUAUUUGGAUGACGAGGAGAGAGGUGAUAUGGAACGGCUUGUUGUCCAGAAACUGGAGGAGAUGAAAAGCAGAGUGUUGGCGUGGGACCCGGAUGAAUAUACACUAAGUCAUAUAGAUAUUGCGAAGAAGAAGGAAAAGUGA